AAUCGGACGAGCAAGCCUUGAGCACCUGAAUUCAGCAUGACAGAGGAGGUGAAGCAGUUUUUGCACCGCUUCAACACCUCCGGCAAGAAGCAGCGGGAACUUACCGAGGAGCAGAAGCAAGAGCUUAAAGAGGUCUUCGACCUGUAUGACAUUGACGGCUCAGCGUCUAUCGACAACUCAGAGCUAAAGGGGCUGAUGCAUAUGCUGGGCUUCUCGACAACAUCUCGAGAGGAGCUGGUGGCAAUGAUGAUGGCCGUUGACAAGGAUGGUUCCGGGGAAAUAGAGCUGGAUGAAUUUCUUCAGAUGAUGGCACCGAAAGUGUUGGGCCGAGAGCCUUCCGCCAUUAUCAGAAAGGCCUAUCCCCUUUUCACCGAGCCAGAGAGCGGCCUUAUCACCUGGCACAGCUUACGGGCCCUGGCGGACGAUUUGGGCUUGGUCUUCAGCGAUCACGAGUUGCAAGAGAUGAUUGAUGACGCUGAUGAGUCCGGUGAUGGCCUCUUGCAGGAAGAUGAGUUUCUCAAUGUCAUGAGAAGAGCAAAGCUCUUCUGAGGCCUCAACCUUGUUUCACUCGGCUCAAUGGCCGGAAUUGUGAUGCUAGGCGGAACUUACUGUUGUUUAGUUGAAUGGCAUUGCUGUUGAAGUGAGCACAACAUCGCAACGUGCAACCACCGUAUUGGUUCAAUGUUCAUCAGACAAUAUCCUGGCAGAAUGACGCA